AUGGCGAACGCUCCGUUACAUCCAAUUGUCAUCCAGGCGUUUGUUACCGGUCCUUUCGAAUGCUUGGGAGAGGGGCUGCUUCAUGAUGGCAUUGGACGAGAAGAGCCCGACACUCUUAAAAGCUUGAUUGCCCCCACAAAGACAUCCAAGCGAGUUGCUAUCGAGGAUAGAGAGCGUCCUAAGAAAUGGUGGAAAGCGCAAUGUCUUCACUAUGGGCUCCAAGUGCCUUCGGCCGCACCUAUAAGCACAUACCGAGUACAUUUAGAAAACGGUAUUCGCCAACGGGGCGGACUGAAGCUUCCACAGGAUCUCGCAAGCCUGGAGCUCGAGCAGAAUUCCAAGUUUAGACAUCUUAAUGCUCAAGUUCGCGAGGCGACUAGUCGGAGUAGCACCCAAGCAAAGCCGUCCCAGGCCAAGGCAAAAUCAAUUCAGUCAGCCCCAACAGCAGCGCUCGAAUCGGCACCAAAAACCAAAGGCAAAUCGAAGCCCAAGACCGAACCGGAGCCCAAAGCAAAGGAGCCACGACCCAAGGCAGAACCGGAAUCCAAGAUCCAGCCCAAAGUCAAGUCUGAAAAGACCAAGUCCAAGCCAAAAGCCAAGUCGUCCGCAGGAGCUUCUGGAGAUGCUGCGGAUUCCAAGCAAACUACCACAAGCAAGCGUAAAGCAGAGACAGUUGUUCACCAUGUGUAUCAUUACGAUGGAGAUCGACUCGACCAAGCCGCAGCCACUUCCAUUGUCGGCCAAGAAACCGGAAAAAGGCCAGCAAAAAAAGCACGUACCGCCGCUCCCCCGGCCGAUCGCGAUCAUUCACCUGAUCUUCCGCCAAGCUACUCGCAGGCCGUUUCUUGUGCUAAGCAGACUGCUCGUCGUACUGGGGCAAGUGCUCCCCAGGGCAAACAAACAGCCCGCCGACAUAGAUUCUGGAAAUUAAAUGGACAUUACGAAAUUAAUUGCACAUCGGAGGAGCAAUGGUCUUUGCCCAAUUGCAGGCCUUGCGUCAGCAUUCGGUUUGGCGACAGUAACCUGGGUGAACCUGACUUCGAAGGGCUGCUUGAGCUCCCAGGGUUUAUGACAUGCGUUCUCCGUCUGAAAGAAGGGGCACCUCCACCAGAUGAUGGUUACGUUCGCUUCGAAUGGUGCGGCCAGGAGAAUGAAACGGGAGAAAUACUCACUCCAAGCAUGAGCCAGGUUGGAUGGUUGAAAGUCCAUCCUGAGCAAUUAUACAUAAAGGAAUGA